CCUACGCCGGUUGGUUUUGUUUGCUGUUUUUUGAGAAACCUCAAAAAACCAAAAACAAAAUAAACCUCCUCUCUGUGUUGCAUAGACACCCGGUUAAUAGGCUUUUCGACAACAUGUUGGCCCUCACGCACCACGAGCAUAAUGCGCCGGAGUUGACCUUGGCGGUUCUUGGCUGCGGAACCAUGGGAAUCGCCAUUCUCUCCGGCAUCCUGUCUUCCCUGCAGGAGAUGUCGGGGCCUCGCCCCCUGCAGACGCCCUCUGGAAGAUCGACCCCGGCCGACGAGAUCCCUGCCCAACUCCCUUCCCGCUUCAUCGCAUGCGUGCGCCGGCCCGAGUCCGCCAAGAAGGUCAAGCAGGCUCUGUGGGAACACAGCUCUUCAGUCAAGGUGGUACAGAAGGAUAAUGUCGCGGCUGUCAUGAAGAGUGAGGUUAUCAUCCUUGCUUGCAAGCCUUCCAUGGUUGAGGAUCUGCUUAACGAGCCUGGCCUGUCGAAGGCUCUCCACGGCAAACUUCUUAUCAGCAUAUGCGCAGGUGUGACGGUUCCCCAGAUCGAAAAGAUACUGCACGGUGCUGUGCCUGAGAAGGACCCUGAAGUUGAUGGACGCUGCCGAAUUGUGAGGGCGCUACCCAACACGGCUAGCAUGGUCAGGCAAGGCAUGACAGUAGUUGCCAAUAGCGAGCCGCCCCUACCAGCUCAUACCUCAAGCCUCGUGACAUGGAUCUUCAAGCGAAUUGGCGACGUCAUCUACCUUCCCGCCAAGAACAUGGAUGCGUCCACAGCACUUGCCGGGUCCGGACCAGCAUUCUUCUCCCUCGUACUUGAGGCUGCCGUUGACGGAGCAGUCUCCCUAGGCGUACCGCGAGCUGAGGCUCAGAGGAUGGCUGCCCAGUCUAUGAAAGGCGCUGCUGCCUUGGUCCUUAAUGGAGACCACCCAGCACUGCUUCGGGACAGGAUUAGCACGCCAGGUGGCUGCACUAUCGAGGGUCUCUUAGUGCUCGAGGAGGGACGAGUACGGGGCACUGUUGCCAAGGCUGUGAAACAAGCUGCAGUUGUUGCCAGCCAGCUCGGCAAGGGCACUUAGAGGAGAUAGGAAUGGGCACGAGGAAAAGUUUCGAAGUGUGCAUACGGAUGGCGUUCAAGGCGUUUUAAAUAUAGAUUAGAGCGCCGAACGAGAUAGUUAAUGCAACGGCUUGCUAUUGCCUUUAUCCAUUAUUCAUUUCCCCCCUUACUUGUGUUACAAGCAUCU